AUGUCCGGUUUACAACGUCGCAGAGGAGGUGGGAGAACAGUUUCAUCCGAACCAACAAACGUUGACUCAAAAGAUAAUUCAUCUUCAGAAGAAGUGAACCAUAAAGUUGGUUAUGAUCCACAAGACAAUGCCUCGAAAAAUGAAGAGAGAAAAGAACCAACCUUGACAUUGAUGGAGGAAGUUUUAUUGAUGGGUAUUAAAGAUAAAGAAGGUUAUUUGUCAUUUUGGAAUGAUAAUAUUUCAUAUGCCUUACGUGGUUGUAUCUUGUUGGAAUUGGCAUUAAGAGGUAAGAUUGCAAUUGUUAACGAUCCUGCAAGAAGAAGAUUUGAAUUAUCAGAAAGAUUGGUUCAAGUUAUAGAUGAUAAGAAAACUGGUGAAGUUUUAUUAGAUGAAACUUUAACUUUGAUGAAGAGUGAUCCAAAUAAUUUAAGUAUUGCAAAUUGGAUAGAUCUCUUAAGUGGUGAAACUUGGAAUUUAUUGAAAAUUAAUUAUCAAUUAAAACAAGUUCGUGAAAGAUUAGCAAAAGGUUUAGUUGAUAAAGGAAUUUUAAGAACUGAACGUAAAAAUUUCUUAUUAUUUGAUAUGCCAACACAUCCAUUAGCUGAUUCUACUUCAAAAGAUUCAAUCAUAAAAAGAAUAUUAUCAUUAUUAGCUACAAGAAAUAUUCAAUUACCAAAUUCUCCGUUAUUUCCAGCAGAUAUUAGAUUUAAAUAUUUACGUUCAAUUUCAUUAGUUGCAGGUGCAUAUGCUGCUAAUGUUUUAGAAAAUGUUUUAGUCACAUUAGGUUAUGAUCAACGUGAUCGUGCUUUUGCCAGAGCUGAUGAAUUAUUAACACAAUUUUCACAAUUCCCUUUCCAACCUCAAUCAAGUGCAUUAGGUUUAGGUAUUAAUUUGGUUAGUGAGAUUAAUGAAGAAUUAGAACAAAAUCCAGGAUUUGACUUACAAUUAGAAGUUGUUGCUGGUGUGUUAUCUGUUUUCUCUAAAAUGGAUUCAAUCUUAUAG